UAGAGCUGGUACUUCGAUGUGCCUUGAUGAAAGAUUAUGCAACAAUAUUUAACCUGGUGAGUAGACAAUCAGAAAAGAAAUGCAACAAAUGAGAGAACUUCAACAAAAGCUACAAUGGGAAAUACACUACAAUGAAAGCACAGCAGCAAAAACCUCAGCCACCCUACAACCUCUCCACUAGAAUUUCUCUCCUUUGCUCUGAAGUGAGAAUAUGGCAACACCUGGUAACUAUGGAUCUGAACUAAGGAUUUUGGUGUUUGGAAAGAGUAAAAGUGAAAACUCAACACUAAGCAAGUUCAUCACAAGAGAUUUUUCUAAUCUGAAUAUAUCAAAGCAAUGUAGAGUGACCUUUGGGAAAUGGAGAAGAAAAGCACUAACAGUAGUGGAAACCUCAGAUGUCUUCAGUCUGUAUGACGAUAGAGUGAGACAUGAGAUGAAAAAGUGUGUUGCUCUUUGCCCCCCUGGACCAAAUAUUAUCUUACUGUUGGUGGACCCUUGUGAUUUCAAUGAAGAGGACAGACAAAAAUUCAAGUUCAUUCUGAGUUUCUUUGGUCAAGAUGCUUUUAAAUACACAAUGGUCAUCGAAAUGCAAAAUGAGGAGGUACAGAAUUCUUCAGUGAACCAAGUCAUCCAAGACUGCAGACAAAAGCAGCACAAGAUCUACUUUGAUAAAACAGAUCUUCCUGAACAUGAUUAUCAGGCACUGAUAGAAAAGAUGGAGAACAUAGUGAAUAACAACAAAGGAGGACAUCUAAACUACACUGAAGGAGCUGAUCCCAUGACAAUAGCUUUUAAACCUCCUCUGAAUUUAGUGUUGUGUGGCAGAUUUGAAACCCAGAAAACUUUGGUUGUAAAUUCCAUUCUAGGAAAAGGAAGGCUGGAUUUACCUUCUGACUCAGAAUGUGUCAAAAAUCAAGGAGAGGUGUGUGGACGUCAGGUUUCCCUUGUGGAGCUGCCUGCUUUGUAUGGAAAACCUCAGGAGGCAGUGAGAAAGGAAUCAUUUAGGUGUAUGUCCCUCUGUGAUCCUGAAGGUGUCCAUGCAUUCAUCUUGGUCCUACCUGUGGGUCCCGUCACAGAAGAAGACAAGAAAGAGAUGGAGGCCAUGCAGAACACAUUCAGCUCUCGAGUGAACGACUUCACCAUGAUUCUGUUCACUGUGAACUCUGACCCUAAUUCUCCAGAUGUUGUAAGUUCUCUGAAGGAGAAUAGGCACAUCCAGGAACUCUGCCAGAGCUGUGAAGAACGAUAUGUCGUCUUCAACAUUAGGGACGAGCGGCAAGUAUUUCAAGUGUUGCAUACUGUGGAAAGGAUGAGAGUGAGUGAUUCCAAAUGUUUCACAAAGGACAUGAUGGCCAAGCCCCGGUUGAAUAGGGAUUCAAGAUGUAAAUCUGUACUGAAGAUGGCAGAUUAUAAACAUCAGAGCAGAGAGUGUAUCAGGAUGGUGCUGAUUGGGAAGACUGGCUCUGGAAAGAGUGCCACCGCAAACUCUAUUCUGGGCAGAGAAUGCUUCAACUCUAAAGCCUGCUUAGGGUCAGUCACCAAGCUUUGUCAAAAAGCAACAGGAGAGAUUGAUGGGCAGCCUGUCACUGUAGUCGACACACCAGGAUUGUACGAUACAAGUUUGUCCAAUGAGGAAGUUAAACAGGAGCUUGUGAAAUGCAUCAGCUUGCUGUCUCCAGGACCUCAUGUGUUCUUACUUGUGCUGCAGAUUGGCCGCUUUACGAAAGAGGAACAAGAUACUGUGGAACUGAUCAAGGAUUUUUUCGGCAAGAAGUCAGUAGACUUUAUCAUUAUUAUAUUCACCAGAGGAGAUGAGCUUCGAAAUCAAUCAUUUGAGAGUUUUAUACAGGGAGACAGUGAAGGUUUUGUUGAAAAACUGAUUGCUGACUGUGGAAGAAGAUACCAGGUCUUCGACAACAAAGAUCAGAAUCAUACUCAAGUCAGAGAGCUACUGAGCAAAGUUAAGUCAAUGGUGAAGAAAAAUGGUGACACCUGCUACAUCUCCAAGAUGUUCCAAGAAGCUGAGGCAGCCAUACAAAAGGAAGUGAACAGGAUCCUGAAGGAAAAGGAAGACGAGAUACAGAGAGAAACAGAGGAACUAGAAAGAAAAUAUGAAAAAGAAAUACAAGAAAAGAAAAAGAUAUUGAUGGAACAAAUGAACAAAACUGAACAAAAAAGAGCACUGGAAAUCAAACUGAUCCAGGAAAAGGAAGAGUGCAUUAAGAAGGAGCAAGAACAGUCGAAUAGAGAGGAAGAAGAGAAAAAAUCAGAAGAAAGUAAGACAAAACAAUCUGAAAAAGAGCCAACUGCUGACCAAAAGGUGAUGCAGAUCAGAGAGAAGAUGAGACAAGAACAAGAGACUACGGAGAACAAACACAAGGAAAGGUGGAAAAAACAACAUCAAGAUCAACAGAGACAAACACUUAAACUUAAAAAGCUCAAAGAAGAAUAUGAAAAGAAAAUAGAAGACGAUCAAACCAAAAAAGAACAAGAGAAGAAAGUAUUGAAAGAACUAGAAGACUCCCUUGCAGAAAAACUGGCAGAAAUCAAGAAGAAACAUGAAGAAGAGGCCAGAAAGCAAGCUGAGGAAAUGAAUGAAUUCAGAGACAAGUACACCCAGGACUUUACAGAUCUGCUGGUACAGCAUGAUGAUCUGAAGCAGAAGCAACAAAAACACAAUGAUUUUUUAAUCAAACAACUGUGCAAACACAAAGUAUAUAGGAAAGACUAUGAUAUAUUGAAGAAAAAGCAAGAAGAAGAAUUGAAUACCCUGAUAGUGACAUCAACUUCAACAAACACAAGAAAUCUGGACAAAGAAAUCAAUGAACUAAUUACAGUACACGAGGAAGAAAUAGACAUCUGGAUACAAGAACAUGUAAAGAAAGCCAGAAGUAGGAACUGUUUCAUUUUGUGAGGUGUCAUGUUCCUAAGAAAUUUCACAACAUUGGCACAGUACACAUAAAUAAAGGUGAAUGCAGCUCAAUGCACACUAAAAAUGUCUCAUCAAAAAAAGCAUUUCUUUACUGAUUCAAACUGAAGUUCAAGCUUGGUGAACACAAAACUACAUCCCAUCACUGUUAUUUCAAAACUAGUGAUCGUGUUAAUCAAUGAUAAUUGCUAUUUUUUUUCCUUAUGUAAUUCUUUUUAAUUGUUUUUUUAGUUUUGUUUAUUGUUUUUGUAAAGUGUAGAUAUUUUAUGGUGUAUUCACUCUUUGUAGAUCAGAUAUAUAUGAUCUUUAAAAUGAAGUGGCAUGCAUCAUUAAUCUUAUUAACAUUAACAUGUUUCUAACUGUUACUGUAUUUGCCAGAUCUAGAGGUCGGGGAUAGAGGUCUCCACAUGACGACACACAUACCCCUCACACAGCUGCUAGUAAAUUAGUGUGCUCUAGCUACAGUAGUUGGAUAUUUAUUUGAUGAAACAAUGUGUUAUCAUGCCAAUUAACUGUUAAAAGCUUUUAACCAAAUGUGUUUACAAGGAUAAUAUGUGAUUUUAUCU